CGUCUCCCCCCCCCACCCCACCCCCGGCUCAUGCCCCCGUUGAGUCGCUUCCUUUUAGCUUUGGAAUUUCGUCAACGUUGUGUUGGAUUGGGACAAGAAAAACAAAAUGUCUACUCGAACGCCAUUACCGACCGUGAACGAACGCGAAACCGAACAUCACACAUCUCAUAUGGAUGGACGCUCAGAAGUUUCUUCUCGAUCGACCCGCUCUGGGGGAGCUCGAUGCCGGUAUUCAAUUACAUCCUGUGCUGAUGAACAACCACACAUAGGCAACUAUAGGCUUCUGAAAACCAUUGGCAAGGGAAACUUUGCUAAGGUGAAAUUGGCUAGGCACAUUCUCACCGGAAGAGAGGUUGCAAUUAAAAUCAUUGACAAGACGCAGCUCAACCCCACCAGUUUGCAAAAGCUUUUCAGAGAAGUAAGAAUAAUGAAAUGUUUGAAUCACCCAAACAUAGUAAAAUUGUUUGAAGUUAUUGAAACUGAGAAGACGCUUUAUUUAGUGAUGGAAUAUGCAAGUGGAGGAGAGGUUUUUGACUACUUGGUUGCUCAUGGAAGAAUGAAGGAAAAAGAGGCCAGAGCUAAAUUCAGACAGAUAGUAUCUGCAGUACAGUACUGCCACCAAAAGCGUAUUGUGCAUAGAGAUCUUAAGGCUGAAAACCUAUUGCUAGAUGCUGAUAUGAAUAUUAAGAUAGCAGAUUUUGGCUUCAGCAAUGAGUUUACAAUUGGCAAUAAACUGGAUACAUUUUGUGGGAGUCCUCCUUAUGCUGCUCCAGAACUCUUCCAAGGGAAGAAAUAUGAUGGUCCUGAAGUGGAUGUUUGGAGUUUAGGCGUUAUACUUUACACGUUAGUCAGUGGAUCGUUGCCAUUUGAUGGCCAGAACUUGAAGGAACUAAGGGAAAGAGUGCUCCGAGGAAAAUAUCGGAUUCCUUUUUAUAUGUCUACGGACUGUGAAAAUCUCCUCAAACGAUUUCUAGUGCUGAAUCCAUGCAAGAGAGGCACAUUAGAACAAAUCAUGAAGGAUCGAUGGAUUAAUGCAGGCCAUGAUGAAGAUGAACUUAGACCCUUUCUGGAGCCAGAAAUGGAUAUUUCAGAUCCUAAGAGAAUAGAAAUAAUGGUUGGAAUGGGUUACACUCAUGAGGAAAUCCAGGAGUCCCUUGCAAAAAUGAAAUAUGAUGAAAUUACAGCGGCAUAUUUGCUGUUGGGUAGAAAGUCCCAUGAGUUGGAAGUCAGUGAUUCAAGCUCCAGCAGUAACCUUUCCUUAGCUAAGAUUAGGCCAAGCAGCGAUCUCAACAAUAGCAGUGGACAAUCUCCUUCCCACCACAAGGUCCAAAGAAGCAUAUCAGCUAAUCAAAAGCAACGUCGAUAUAGUGACCAUGCUGGACCCACUAUUCCAUCAGUGGUGUCCUAUCCAAAGAGAAGCCAAACAAGUACUGCGGAUAGUGACUUAAAAGAAGAGGGUCACUCGAGGAAGACCGUCACCACGGCUGGAGGGCGGGGCAUUGCUCCUCCCAGCCCCAUGUUGGGAAAUGCUAAUAACCCAAACAAAGCAGAGAUUCCUGACCGGAAAAAGAGCUCUGUUGUACCCAGUAACAAUGCGGUGUCUGGAGGAAUGACACGAAGGAACACAUAUGUCUGUAGUGAAAGAACAAAUGCAGACAGGCAUUCAGUAUUACAGAAUGGGAAGGAGAACAGCCUGACAGAAAUGUCUGCUUGUGCGACUAGUUCUGCAUAUGUAUCUGCAUCUACAUCCGCUUCUACCACCUCUUCCACUUCCACCCGACUGCGACAUCAGAAGUCGAUGUCCAUGUCGGCUGCAGGGUACACUGCCAAGAUGAUGCCUCCAAUAGACAGUGAAGCAGAUAACAUCCGGCCUAACACUGCUCCAGGUCAGAGGACUCCCGUGACCUCUACCCACAGUAUUAGCAGUGCCACUACCCCUGACCGUAUGCGUUUCCCCAGAGGGACUGCAAGCCGUAGCACUUUCCAUGGCGGACAGCUCCGGGAACGGCGCAAUGCUACAUAUAAUGGACCGCCUGCAUCUCCUACGUUAUCUCAUGACGCUACUCCUUUGUCUCAGACGCGAAGUAGGGGGUCUACAAAUCUCUUUAGUAAAUUGACUUCAAAACUCACAAGAAGAAACAUGUCUUUCAGGUUUUCCAAAAGGGUCCCAACUGAACCUGAGAGAAACGGGAGAUUUGAGGGCUCAAGUCGCAAUGUAUCUGGGGAUCAAAAAGACGAGAUCAAGGAAGCAAAGCCCCGCUCGCUCAGGUUUACCUGGAGUAUGAAAACCACAAGUUCCAUGGAUCCCAACGACAUGAUGAGGGAGAUCCGCAAAGUUCUCGACGCCAAUAAUUGUGAUUAUGAACAACGUGAGCGUUUCUUGCUCUUCUGCGUGCAUGGCGAUGGUCAUGCAGAAAACCUGGUCCAGUGGGAAAUGGAGGUCUGCAAACUGCCGAGACUGUCACUUAACGGAGUUCGUUUUAAGCGAAUAUCAGGAACAUCCAUAGCUUUCAAAAACAUUGCUUCUAAAAUUGCCAAUGAAUUAAGGCUGUAAAAUAUGGUUAAGCUUUAAUUUCUUAAAUAGCAUUUCAUGAGUUUUUUUCCUGAACAUCGGCAGAAAUUUAUUGAAGAAAAUGUAUAGGAUAAAGCUUAUGCAAUAAAUUCUGCUCCUUCAGAUCAUGAUAUUAUAAAAA